CUGCUUUUGCGAUGCGAAACUCUUCUUGACCCUGCGACGGACAGGAUAUCUUGCGCCGUGAGCAACACCGCAUAUUUUUGAUUCCUUGGCGAAAGUUUGGGUUGUCUGUGGGGGCACCGUCAAUCUAGCGUGUUCAAUUUACUCUAGUUUCUCCGAGCGACUUCGCUCAACUCCGGUCCUUCCUCUCACCCAUCUUCUUUCAUCUUCUCCCAGUAUCAACCGCUAUACUUCGCAAUAUUGGGCUAUACUGCGGGAAUGAAUUUAGUCUGAGUGCUAGCUGUUUGCUUAUGAUUGUCUAUGUUAGUUGAGGAUUGAUCGUGCGGGGUCGAGAACUCACACCGCUGUUGACUCUUGCCAUCUGACCGCAAGGUUACCUAGCAAAAUUGUUUGUCGCGUAGCGCACAGCAAAUCCUUUCCACACUGACAAAGGAACCCGAGAGAACAGGAGAAGAAGAGGUGUUGGAAUCUCUUGACGGACAACAUGGACUCACUUGAUCCACAGGUGUCAUACGAGCUGUCAAAGCUCGACCCAGACGUCCCGUUUCGAGCGACCAAAGCGCACUUGCACCACACUUGGGCCAAGACGUUUUAUUCCCAGCCGGAGCUUUACAUCCAGCCUGAAUCUGUUGCUGAAAUUCAAAAGGUUGUCAAUCUAGCGCGCAAAUGCCGUCGACGGCUCGUGACCGUGGGCAGUGGCCACUCACCUUCAGAUUUGACCUGUACAUCAUCGUGGAUUGUCAACCUUGACAAUUUCCGUCGUAUCCUGUCGUUCUCACGCGAGACGGGAGUGGUAACUGUUGAAUCGGGAAUAAGGCUGUGGCAGCUGGGUGACGAAUUAGAAAAAUGCGGUUUGAUGCUGCCAAACCUCGGAAGCAUUGACAGUCAGUCAAUUGCGGGUGUGAUAUCUACUGGCACCCAUGGUAGCUCUUUGCGGUUCGGGUUGCUGUCCGAUUCGGUGCAGGCGCUGUCGAUAGCGCUUGCAAAUGGUCAGGUCGUGAGAUGUAGCAAGACGAACAAUCCUUCGCUAUUUCGAGCUGCUCUCUUGUCGCUUGGUGCUCUCGGGAUCAUCACUGAGAUAACGAUCCAGGCUGUGCCCACGUUCAAUAUCGCCUGGAAACAGACCCUAAAAUCUCUACCGCAAGUGUUGGAAGAAUGGGACUCUGGGUUAUGGACGAGCUCGGAAUACGUUCGGGUUUGGUGGCUGCCUUAUCUUAAGCGUGCUGUCGUUUGGCGCGCCGACAAAACCGAUCUGCCACUUCGGAAACCACGUUCAACUUUCUAUGGUGGCCGAUUGGGCAAUGCAAUUUAUCACAAUUUGCUGUACCUGUCCAAUUACUUUCCAAGAAUAUUACCCUGGAUCGAAUGGUUCAUUUUCGGCAUGCAAUAUGGCUUCAAACCUGGAAAAUACGUGGCAGAAGCGGUUGAACCUGGCCGAACUGGUUUGCUAAUGAAUUGCCUGUACUCCCAAUUCGUCAAUGAAUGGGCUAUUCCUCUCGAAAAGGGACCACAAGCGAUCUCUCGGCUGUCAGCAUGGCUCAAUGGCGAUGCUAAGGCUGCUAACAUUCCGUUCAGUCACAAGGGGUUGUGGGUCCAUUGCCCAAUUGAAGUCCGAGUUUCGGAUACAUCUAAAUCGGAGACACCCCGGCCCUAUUUGGAGCAAACCAACAAAACUGGCCCGACGCUUUAUCUCAACGCCACACUUUACCGCCCACAUCUUCGCGAUCCGCCUUGUACAGCAAGAUACUAUGAAGCGUUUGAAUGGUUGAUGAGGGAUUUGGGUGGGCGUCCUCACUGGGCCAAAAAUUUUGGUGAAAACCUAGGGCCUGCCGACUUCCAGGAAAUGUAUGGCGCUGAUUUGAAUGAAUGGCUGCGAGUCAGAAAUGAGGCUGACCCUCACGGGAUGUUCUUGGGUGAGUGGCAUCGGAGAACGCUUCUUCCCGCCCAGCACGCUGUUUCCAACAGUUCCGAGUUCCCGCUAGCAGAGCGGGAAAAGAGUCGACGAAAAAUUGGGAAAUGGGGCUCUGGUGAUGGCGUUGAGUGGGUCGGAGAUAAAUCAUGGUCUCAUCCAAAUGCUCAGCUUGACAAACCUGGUGAAGGUGAGAAGUUUGAAGCUGCUUCUCCCAGCCCACUUGCAACCGCAACUAGCGAAGAAAGCUUUGACUAUUUGGCACAUGGCGAAGCAAGCAUCAUGGGAUCGUCCAACCCCAGUGGACAAGAUAGUUCUAAUUUUUAA